CAUUGCAAAUGUGACUCACAAUAGCAGAUACCUAAAUAAUUAACCAAAUGAAAAGCCACAUAAAUAGAAGAGCCAAAGAGUUGAAUAGGCUCAUAUGCCUAGUUUUCUAAACCUUCUUUAUUCUUUUUUCCUAAGACCAAGAUCAAAUAAGCAUAAGCUCCUUCAAGUUUUCUUUCUAUUUUUUCAAAUUUUUUUUAUGGACCUUGAAAUUUGAAAAAGCAGUGUCAUAUAGGAGGAGUAGUAUUUCAUAGAUAAACGUGAGAAAGCAUUUAAACCCUUUUAACUGUCCCUAGUACACAGUACACAAAACAGUUUUAUCAUCAUCUUUUUUCCUCUUCUUUGCAUGAAACAGAGUCCUCUGUUAUCUCCUCUGCAUGAAAAACAGAGUACUCUGUUUUCAUUGUUGCAAUGAAAUACAUUCGGACCAGCAGCUUGAAGAGGCUCUUCUCUCUGAAAAGGCGUAGUUUUGGAGACCAAUCUCUGAGCCGGAGCGGUUCAACCGGUGGUGAAAACUUAUAUAAGGGCUCAGAUACUGUUCUUCUUCCACAUGAACAACAUUGUUCACCAAGACCCUCUUGGAAGUGCUUCUCCUAUGAAGAACUUUUUGAUGCCACCAAUGGUUUCAGCUCAGAGAAUUUGGUUGGAAAAGGAGGGUAUGCAGAGGUAUACAAGGGAACACUGAAGGAUGGAGAGGAGAUUGCAGUGAAGAGGCUCACAAGAACUUGCAGAGAUGAGAGGAAAGAGAAAGAGUUUCUAACAGAGAUUGGUACAAUCGGCCAUGUCCACCAUAACAAUGUUUUGCCUCUUCUUGGUUGCUGUAUUGACAAUGGCCUUUACCUUGUUUUCAUGCUAUCUACCAGAGGCUCUGUUGCAUCCCUUCUUCAUGAUGAAAAGUUGGAUACUUUGGAUUGGAAAACAAGGCAUAAGAUAGCUGUUGGAACUGCACGUGGCCUCCAUUACUUGCACAAAGGUUGCAAGAGAAGGAUAAUCCACCGAGACAUUAAGGCAUCAAAUAUUCUUUUGACAGAAGAUUUUGAACCUCAGAUAUCUGAUUUUGGAUUAGCAAAAUGGCUUCCAUCUCAAUGGAGUCAUCAUUCAAUUGGCCCAAUAGAAGGGACAUUUGGUCAUUUGGCACCAGAAUACUAUCUGCAUGGAGUUGUGGAUGAGAAGACAGAUGUAUUUGCUUUUGGUGUGUUCUUGCUUGAACUCAUUUCUGGAAGAAAACCGGUUGAUGGCUCUCACCAAAGCUUGCAUACUUGGGCAAAACCAAUAUUGAAGAAAGGGGAGGAAGAGAAGCUUGUGGAUCCAAGGCUUGAAGGGGAGUAUGAUGGAGGAGAGUUAAAGAGACUUGCCUUUGCAGCAUCCUUGUGCAUUCGGGCUUCUUCAAUUUGGCGACCAACCAUGACUCAGGUAUUAGAGGUAAUGGAAGAGGGUGAAAUUGACAAAGAGAAAUGGAAAAUGCCAGAGGAAGAAGAAGAGGAAGAUGAAGAGGAAGAGUUUUGGGGUUUUGAUGAUCUUGAAUAUGAAUAUGACACUUCAUUAUCAAUGUCACUACCUGAUUCCACUGCAAGUACAUAUAUUUAGAGGUUAAAUUUUAAAGAGUUAGGUGCCACUUUCAAUUAUUACCCUAAUAGUGACACUAGCUAGUAGUGUAUGUAUAUAUGGAUGAUGAUAUGUUAAAACUUAAAAAGAGUAUUAUUCUUUAUUUUUAUUUUUAUUUUUAAGUUUUGGGGGGUGUGAAAUAUUUAUUGAUAAUUGAACUUCAUUAUGUCGGCAACGUGAGAGGAAAAUGACAGAGUAAAGUUGUUUUCCGCCACUAAUCAUUAUUCAAUGGUGAAGUCUUUAUGUGAAACAAGACACUAAUAAUUGGUUUUA